AUGGUGGUGGGUGUUUUCCUUGACGUCACCGUCGCAGUUGUUGAAGCUCACCGUCGCCGCCGUGAGAGACGCUCCUUGCUGGCGCUGCUACUAGGGGUUUGGAGAGAAUGGCCCUGUUCUUCCUCUGCCUCUGGGUUCUGCAAGUUGCUAGAGUCCUCUGCCGCUGGGAACCAACACUGGAGCUGCCCUAAGCAAAGGUUGUUACGUUAUGCAGCUAGUGCUUUGCUCUUUACUGAAAAGGGUGUUGAUCCAUUCCUUGUUUCAUGGAAUCGGGACCCUGGGAUUGGAAAGAUUUCAUUAUGUAAAGCAUUAGCUCAGAAAUUAUCGAUUCGAUUUAAUUCAAGGUGCACUAACAACACAGUUAAAAUUUUAAUACAACAUCUUCCAAUGAGACAAUUUUCUGAAAAUGGUUGCAAAACUUUUCCAAAAGAUUCAAGAAAUGGUAAAGAAGAAAGCAAUCUAGUAUUUGUUUUGAUUGAUGAAGUCGAAAGCCUUGCUGCGGCCAGAAAAGCUGCUAUAUCCGGUUCAGAUCCUUCAGAUUCUAUUCGGGUUGUAAAUGCAUUACUAACUCAGAUUGACAAGUUAAAAUCAUCUCCAAAUGUGAUAAUCCUAACCACAUCCAACAUAACUACUACUAUUGGAAAAUCAUUAUGA